CUAUAUUAACCGAUAUAAAUAAAAGAUGUACAUGUAAAUGUAUGACACAAAUUUAGUCAUUAGAGAGAGAUUCAAUAUUGUCUCGUUCCAGUUCAGUGACAACGUUGAAAUGGUUUGCAAGUAAAAAUGGUUUCUAAGUAAAAAUCUAAGCUUAUAAUAGAUGUCAUGGCUAGUCUCAGGAUUCAAACACUAGUUUUAUUGGUUGGUUUUAUUGCAUUGCUCUUUGGAUUGAGAUAUAUUGCCAAUUGGAAUGGAAAACCAAGAGUAGUAAAUACUGUAUCUAGUAUACUAGUACCAAAGAAAGCUCAACUCGUUGUAGUUCCAGACAAAUAUGUUGUACCUCAACGAGCCUACUGCCUUGAUGGUUCAAAUCCGGGAUAUUUCAUAAGAAAAAGCUCCACUACAUCAGUAAAGAAUUGGAUCAUACAUUUACGGUUGGGUGCAUGGUGCACAUCGAAAGAAAAUUGUUUACAAAGGAGUAGAACAGAACUUGGUAGCACCAAAAAUGCAAUAAAUUAUAUGGACAGAAGUAUGAGAAAUUCGAAUUGCACACUAAAUCCACAUUUCUGUAAUUGGAAUGUUGUCGAGUUUAUAUAUUGUGACGGGGGCUCAUACGCAGGCAGUGUUGGUGAAACUGUCCAUGUUAAUGGUAAACCAUUAUAUUUAAGAGGUGCUGCCAUAUUUGAUGUAUUAAUACAGCAUUUAUUAGAUACCACUAAAUUAUCUCAAGCUCAACAUGUCUUGUUAACUGGAUCAUCAGCUGGUUCGUUGGCAGUAUUAGUCCAUUUAGAUCACCUGAAACAGCUGUUACCUAAAACUGUACUCAGUAUUAAGGGCAUCAGUGAUGGUGGAAUAUUUUUAGAUCAAACUGCUGUUGAUGGACAGAGAAUUAUGAAAGAUAUGUUAAAAGAUACCUACCAUCUUCAUAAUAUUAAAGAUACACCGUCACUGAAUAAUUGCUUUAAGGGAAAAGAUGAUAACUCAAAAUGGGAAUGUUUUAUGCCGGAACAUUUAUACAAAUUUGUUCAAUUGCCCGUGUUGUUUGUGUCUUCGUAUUAUGAUAGUUGGUAUAUGCCUACAUGUCUCAGACUACGUUGUGCCACACAGAGCCAACAGUGUACUUCAGAGGAAGACACUAUUGUGAAAAAGCAUUUAUCAGCAGUAAACACUGUAGCUCGUGAUAUAUUGAAAAUGCGGGGUAACGGAGUCUACCUAACAUCGUGUCAAUCUCAUACCUUACUCGGACCAAAUUACAAAAAUGUGAAAUCUAAAGGAUUACAUCCAUAUGAUGCUGUUGUUAUGUGGUUAAAUGAUUCUGAAAAAUCUCUGAAUAUCACUGAAUUGGAAUCUUAUCAAACUUCUCGGAGAAACUGCUGAUGUAGACUUACGGUUUUCAGUGGGAUAUACUUAAUGUGCCGAUUGUAGGCCUACUGGCAAAAUCGUAAAUUAUUAAUGUAGGUUUUGUUUUUUAUUGUGAUAUUUGAGAUCAUAAAUUGUUGACUAUUGUAAUAUUAUAUUUUAUGGUUUCUAUGAUUGGUUAAUUAAAAAAGAAAAACCCC